UGUGGGGCUUUAUACUGCCCAUCUCUGCAGAGGAACUUAAAUGCUUGUGCCACCGGAAACCAUUGAAUUUCAUAUCGGAACCACUAUAUGAGGCUGCCUGCACCAUCGUCGACUGAAAAGUGUUGUCAUAUGUCGUUCACGGUCGCGUUAUUUUAACCCAGAGAACGAGUUGUGCACCACCGGUGUUGGCCUUGGAAGUUCAAAUGUCAGCCGGUGCCACAGUGCCGCUUACGCUUGCUCACUAGCUACAGUAACGUCAGCUUUUGCUGCCAAUAUCCUCGCAGGAAUCAGUAUGGAUGCGCUCUGGGUAUUCCUAAUGCUGCUGGUCCCACUUCUGCUAUGGACUAGCAGCACCUUUGUUUUUUAUUUCAAAAAGUGUUUCUACGUGGCUUAUAUGAUGGUUUUGGGUGCGAUUGCGAUUCCGCUUAGUAUUCUGAAAAGCGGAGGCAGGGACGUUGAAAACAUGAGGGUGGUCCGUGCUCUGGUUCGUCAUGUUAAGUACUUCCUGGGUCUGAGGUUCGACGUGAGCGGCUUGGAACACCUGCAGACAGAGGGACCCUACGUCAUCAUCUCCAACCACCAGAGCUCCCUGGACGUUCUGGGUCUAAUGGAGAUCCUACCAGAUCGUUGCACCAUGAUUGCCAAGAAGGAGCUGGUGUACGCGGGCACGGUGGGCAUCGUGUCCUGGCUGGGCGGCAUCGUCUUCAUCAACCGCAAGAAGACCAGCGAUGCCAAGAGUGUCAUGGCCGACGCUGCGAAGACCAUGCUGGACGACCAGAUCCGGCUGUGGGUGUUCCCUGAGGGCACACGGAACCAGAGGGACGACCUGCUGCCCUUCAAGAAGGGAGCCUUCCACCUGGCAGUGCAGGCACAGGCUCCUAUCAUCCCCAUUGUGUUCUCCUCCUACAGUAACUUCUACCUACGUAAAGAAAAGCUGUUCAACUCAGGGACCAUCACGUUGAAGAUCCUUCCGAAGAUCGAGACGAAGGGCAUGACGUCAGACGACGUGGCCGGCCUCUCCGACAAGUCCUACGACCUCAUGCGCUCAGUCUUCCUGAGCAUCUCUGGCUUCGCCCCCAUAACCCAGAGCAAUGGGCCCCCCUCGCACCACUGAACAUUUCCCAUGUCCGAGACACCAAAACCUAUCCCCCCUUUUAUAUUUUUUUCUCCUCCUUCCGCAUCGUCCCAGCUCCCUACCUACGUACCUACAGAUUAGGUCAAAUAUAUUGGCACCCUUAUGGCGCAGAAUGUUCCAUUUCUUCUUUUCAAAACUGUUUGAAUGGCACCUGCAGCUUACCACAGGUGUGAGAUAAAUUACCCAGUAAACGAGAUAUUGCCUCUAACCAAAUUAUAUUGCCCCCAAUCGAGUCCAGGACAGUUUUCUUUGAAAUGUGCAGUUGUAAACAAAGUUUUCAAUUUCAACUUGUUUUUGAAGAAAUAGAGAAUUGUGCAAGGGUGCCAAUAUAUUUGACCACAUCUGUACCAGGAUCCAACGCACCCACCAGGCCUCUGUCAUGAACUCAUCUGUUGUUUUGGCCUGGUACAGUUUGGUUCUGGUUGGCUCCUGCUCCGACCCAGCCCCCAUACAGUGCAGUCCUGACUCUUCACUACAGAAGACCUGUUGGCUCUGCAGGUUAUGAGUAGAGUGACGGACGGCAAGCAAAACGGAACAUUAUUAAUGUGCGUUCAUCAUGCAUGCUUUGGGAUACCUUUUUUCUACCUCCACCUUUUUAAAAGAGGCUUUAUUGUUAUUGUCUUAUUUUUUUUAUUUUGUCAGUCAGUGGUUGUACUUUCGCUUUUUUUCCUUCCUUCCUGCUCAACUUUUUAGUUUUCAUAUGUUGACGGUGGAUAUUUAUAUUUUCCUCUGGUGCUGCCGUAACUUUUUUUCUUAAUGCGCUAUAAAAGACACGCACAGCACACAACCACCCUGCUUUAACCACUCCCACCGCUAACGCACACAACACCCCAGUAUAUCCUCUCCAUUUCUGUUGUGCAUACCAGCCUCUUGCCUCUUUUGAAGGAGUAGGGAACCAGGGUCUGGACCAUGGGUCUUGAGGGGAGAUGGAGGGCGAAAGGAGAGGUUAGUAGUUGGCCAAGGGACUUGUUCUUUAUCUGAGUCUCAGAUAAAUGUCUCACAUACAGUGCAUUCGGAGAGUAUUCAGAGCCCUUUUUCCACAUUUUGUUACUUUACAGCCUUAUUCUAAAAUUGAUUAAAUCGUUUUUUCCACUUCAAUCUACACACAAUGCCACGUAAGGACAGAGCAAAAAGAGGUUUUUAGAAAUGUUUGCAAAUUUUAUAUACAAAUAUUUUAAAAAGCGCUGCAGAAAUGUUUUGGUACCCUUGCCUAGAUCUGUGCGUCGACACAGUCGUGUCUCACAGCUCUACGGACAAUCGCUUCGACCUCGUGGAAUGAUUAUUGCUCUGACAUGCACUGUCAACUGUGGGACCUUUUUAUAUUGACAGGUAUGUGCCCUUCCAAAUCAUGUCCAAUCAAUUGAAUUUACCACAGGUGGAGUCCAAUCAAGUUGUAGAAACAUCUCAAGGAUGAUCAAUGUAAACAGGAUGCACCUGACCUCAAUUUCGAGUCUCAUAUCAAAGGGUCUGAAUACUGAUGUAAAUAAGCCAUUUCUGUUUUUAUUAUUUUUGAAGUUGACCUGUUUUUCACUUUGUCACAAUUAGGGAAUUGUGUGUAGAUGAGGGUUAUUAUUAUUUUUAAUCCGUUUUUAGAAUAGGCUGUAACGUAAUAAUGUGGAAAAAGUCCCGGGAUCUGAAUACUUUCUGAAUGCGCUGUACAUACCACACUUGCUUCUCAGUCCAUGUGAUCAAAAUAGCUCAAUGACAUACUGUGACGACGCCAAACAAGCUAUACAAAAAAUACACAAAGAAACAAAAGUACAACGACGACGAGAACAAUCAGUGAAUUCAUGGACGCGAGUGGACUCACACGAUUUACAAACACUGCGUUGUUGGGGUACUAGCCUGGCAGGUAGCCUAGUGGUUAGAGCAUUGUGCCAGUAACCAGAAGGUCGCUAGUUUGAAUUCCAGAGCCAACAAGGUGAAAAAUCUGUCUGUGCCCUUGAGCAAGGCACUUAAAGCUAAUUGCUCCAGGGCCGCCGUUGAUAAUGGCAGACCCUGGCCGUGACCUCACUCUCUGGGGGUGUCUCGGGGAGUUGGGCUCUGCAAAAAACACACAUUUCCCAUUCACACAUGUAUUAAUACACAUUGUACAUGUGUGAAAUAGGACAUAUAUAAGCACCCACCAAAUUAUUAUUAUUACUACAUUUUUCCCCCCAACAGCUUAGAAAUAACAUUGUGCAAAAAGUGUAUUUUCUUCAGCUGUGUUAUGUAUUUUGCUUUAUAUUUAUUUCUACAUCAUAUGAUCGUUUAUUUCGCUUGUUUGUAAAAAAAAACAAAAACAACGGGCUCAGUUGGUAGAGGGUGGCUCUUGUAACACCAGGGUUGUGGGUUUGAUUCCUCACCCAUAUUUAAAAUGUGGGUAAAAGUGUCUGCUAAAUGGCCUAAAUUUGACUCCACUUUUUUGUCUCCUCAAGUAUCUCUUCUCUAAUUUAAGAAGUGUCAGGUGAUUUCAUGAAGUUCAAGAUUCCGUUUUGUGCCAUGUCAGUGUGCAAGUGUUUUUUUUAAACGUUACACAGUGGAGAGUGGUUUUACCGAGGGAGAGUGUUUUAAAAGUUACACAGUGGAGAGUGGUUUUACUGAGGGAGUGUUUUUAAACCUACCACUGGGGAGUGAUCUAGAUGUUACAGUACAACGUGUUUUAAAUGUAACAAGUGAUCUGUUCGUGAUUGAUGAUUUUUCAUGGUUUUCAAAAUCAUAUUAGUCCUCGCUGUACUGCAGUGAUGACGGUAGAGACAGUCGCCAGGUUUCACAUUUCAAAUCGAAUGUUUGACAUUAAGUUGUUUUUAUGGUCCUAUACUAACUAGAAUUUUGAUUAAUGGUGCAUUUCCAAUGAGGAUUUACCCCAGUGAUUUACCCAAAAGGCUCAGACUUUUCAGUUUCUAUCUACGUGGGCCAGCACCAGUCUCACUGGGCCCAUGGUUCCGGCGGACCUGCUCUAACUUGGAGGCAAGGCCCUGGGAACUUUUCAGCUGGCAUUUACAUAGCAAUGGCUAACUGUGAAAUGUAACACCUUCCCACAAGGCAACUGUCUUGAAUGAUGCAGAUGUUGUUGAUUCUGCACGUCCCAAGUCACUCUUGAUGUAAACACAAUUACAAUAGAGCUUCCAAUUAACCAACACUGGCAACCCAGUGGUGUGGGGGUUAAGUCUUAAUGGAAAAGCACCAUAACUAACUACUAAUAAACACUGCUUGUUUUCAGCCUAGCCCCAAAAAAUACAUAUCUGAGGAGAUGAAAUAGGAAUGAAAUGCUCCUCAAACUGAACACCACGAACCUGUAUUUUGGUAACCCCUGUGAUACCCGUAGUUAAGAAGUGUAAAAUAGCCUAAUAAAUUGAGUAAAUGUCAAUUGCUCAAACAAUCGUGGCAUCGUAACAGCACAGUAACGACUCGGCCUGGCCAAUUGUUCCCUAUUGGUACCUGGUAACUAGGAGGGCUGCUGUCCGAGUGGUGGCCGUAGCUUUAUACUUGAGAAACAGGUCCUGUUUAAACUAUAGAGGAAUAGGGAUAUGGGAAUGUCUCAACACCUACUGUAGUUUUCUGACCAAUUUAUGAUACUCAAAACCGAACUAAGAGUACAUUUAUUUUAUCGAUGGAUGGUGUAUGAUAUGUAAAGUCUGACUUCAGUUUAGAAGGCUUGGGCUAUUUAAAAAAGGAAUUGGCUGAGAUUUGUGACAUUUUAGCCUUAUGUCAAAAGGUGGUACAGUAAUCAUCAAAUGUAGGAUUGUGAAGUAAUUAAACUUGAGGUUUUAUAUUUUGUAAUUAAUCGACAGAUGACGUCUUACAGUAAAUUACUGCUACUUUUUUAUUUAUGGCAAUACAGUUUCUUAUCAUUUGCGUACAGAUCUUGACAUUUUUGUAUUCACUGCUUUUACUUUACAGUUUGAUAAAAUGUCGCUUGCAGCUUUUUGCCUGUCAAAAACGCCAGAGUGAGAAAGUAUUUCGGCAUUCAUGAUUUUUUUGUGUACUACUCUGGCUGCGUUUACACAGGCAGCCCACUUCUUAUAUUAUGCCCAAUUAUUGGCAAAACCUGAUCUGAUUGGUUGAAAGACCAAUUAGUGAAAACAUAUCAGAAUUGCGCUACCGGUGUAUAUGCAGCCUAAUUGCAUGUAACUCUCUUAUUUUUAUUAUUAUUAUUUUUUUCAUGUAUAACAUAUUCCAAUAGAAUGUUAUCUUGCAUAAUGUUGGUUUCUGACACUACAAAAUGUGUCUGAAAUGUAUUUAUUUGAAAUUAAGUGUUAAAUUAGUUAACCUCCAGAAUACAUUUUUUCAAUUCUUGUGCACCUAAACUUCCUGAGGAGCAGGGUUUGGGGUCAAUCAAUUCAGAAAAUAAAUUGAAUUUCCAAAUCCAAUUUUCCUCAAUUCUUCUAUGAGACAAAUAUGGAAUUAGAAUAUCAGUUUACUUCCUGAAAUGACUGCAUUGAAAUGGUGUUGAUAAAUUGCUCACGUUGUAGGAGUGAAAACAUUGUGUUUCGUCUGGCAAUGUGUACUACUACGCCUCUUCAGGGUCAAGUGGCUGCAGGAGCUUUAGUAUCACCUGCUGGAGUCUUGGCUUACUUGGGUCCUAGGAGUAAAUCAACUCGGCGCUCGAGCUUUCCUCAACUUUGUUAUUGAAGACCAGUAACACCAUUUAAUUAAAAUACAUACGCCAGUCGGUCCCAAUACAUAAAAUUAAUCUGUGACAUCAGUUUUUGGUCACAGGAGAGUAUAUUUAUGAGAGUAUUUUUUAUUUGUUUUGCUUAUGUGGUAGUGUUACAUUUUUAAAUCCUGCAACAAAGAUGUUUUGAAUGUUCAAAGAUGCUACCAAUUUGGCACUAACCAAAUGUAAACUGUCAAUGAUUUUAGGCUAACUCUUGACCAUUGUCUAUGAUUAUUUUCAUGGACGUUUUGUAGCUCAACUUCCUAGUGUGUCAGCUAAAAGCGUCAUUGACUCGAUGACCGUGAUAACUCGACAGGCUCUGCAACACUUCUUUAGAGAGCCUCGUUGGUUGAUCUGGUGGUUUUUAAAGUUUUUUUUUCACAAUUAAAUUUAAGAAAUAUUCAAAAUUAAUUAAGCACUUCAUGGUGAGUUUGGGUGGUAUAUAAAAAUGAUCUUAAAAUAUUCUAUGAGUUUCACCAAAGCUAUUAAAAGUGUAAUCUGUUCGUAGCGUAAGAUAACUAUGUACAACUAAGCUGGCCAAAGUGUCUUGUCUUAUCACAUCCUGGUGAGCCUUCUGUGUGUGUGUGUGAUGUUUGAUGAAUGCCUUGGGAAAUGAUAAAUAAAUGUCAUUUUUUCUUAAA